AUGACGCCCUCGGCAAUUGAGCAGUCUGGGGGAGGCGGAGGUACGGAGGUGCAUGCAUGCAUGGCACGGCAUGGCAUGGUGUGGGGUUUGGAGUCGUCGUUGCAACCAAACAUGGUGAACCACUCGGGGGCGAUUGGGCCGAAGCGUCAAUCCGGCGGCCGAUGCCGGUGCCUCUGCAGCGCGUCCGUCGGCUUUCUUCCCGCGAACCAAUAG